AUGACGGAAGCUUCCAGAGAUAUAAUUUCACAUCAUCCAUUGCAUCUUGCAAUGUGUAAAUGCAUUGAGGAUGAAUUAGAGAUGUACGAUUAUCAUGAUUUUUAUCCAGGUUGGGGAGUGAUGACAAUGAAUUAUCGAAUUCUAAUUCAGGAAUUGUUUAAGGUAGAGAACUGUGAAGUAGCGAGUUUCAUUAGAGAAAUUCGAGACCAAUAUCUGGAUUUUUUAACACACUUUAAGAGAAACUACCUACAACAAGUUAAGAGGCUAUUCAGGUUCAUUUUAUCUCUUCCAAUGUGUGAAUAUGAAAUAGAAAAUAUUGGCAGAUAUUCAAGUAGUAAUAACAAGGGGAGCUCAAAUAAAUACAGUAAACAAUUUCCGGAUUUUAAAUGUGAUGACGGUUAUUUAAAAGAGUUGGAGAUGGACGAAGUAGCUCACAUUGUAAGGGAAAUCUUUAGUCGAACUGACAAUAGGCGAUUGGGGAAAACUUUAAUAGAAUUUGCAUUCCGUAAACAUGAAUUGAUUCCUCGCAUUGGAACUCUAGAAGGUCAAUAUAAACUAAUGUUUCACAAUUAUUUGAUUCGGCCCAUAUGCUCAAUGUUGGAGGAUGCGUUAAAUAUCGAGACGAAAGUUGAAACAGAACGACCAGCUGCAUGGAGACGAGUGGUACCCGUUGGAGUACAUUUACUGACUCGAACAGACAUAGUUAUCAGUAAAGGGAACCUAGUGUAUUGUGUUAUAGAAACGAAAAGAUAUCCGCUAUUGCCCAAAUAUAAUGGCAAUCCAUUAGAUGGUAUAAGAAGCCUUUUUUCAGACCAGGAAAAAAUAACGAAGCAGCUCAUAUGCGAGAUGCUUUAUUUCAAGACGGACAAGGGUAUUCUCACAGAUUCAUAUACGUCUGUAUUCGUUGAACUAGACCUUGAUUCCUUUGAACGCAAUGUCCAUAAUCUGAGAGAUGUAAAAACUGACAAUGAGUCAAAGAUAAUUCCGAUCAGGUACAUGAUUCGGGACUGCCACUCAGCUAAACCUACGUUACGAGAAUCAUUAUUGUCGUUCAUCUAUAAUUCAGUAGAAGAAGAUUCGCAAAUGGUAAUCAAGCAAGAAAGGGUCCACCGGUUGGAAGAGCAUCUAAAGCUAUCAGGAAAGACAUUGAUGAAAGCCGUUUCUAGUGAUGACAGUGAUGAUCAGUCUGAGGGCUCUGGAAGUCGACCCGGUACAAGAGAUACAGACAUGUCCACUUUAAAUCAGUCUGAAGGCUCUGGAAGUCGACCCAGUACAAGAGGUACGAAUGUGUCCACAAUGGAAGAUAUUUCUGAAGAUAUAGGAGAGGAGGGAGAAGAUAUGGAUGAUGAGAUAUCUAUUGAUAUACCUAGUAAUAACAAUAACCUAUACGUACAGUAUGGAGGUGAUUUUAACACACAAUUGAUUAAGCUAGAACCUAUUUACUUCAAGAAGUCCUUACUAGAACUGGUGGAUGCUAACGAAGUUGUAGUUGCAAAGGUCUAUGAUCCACGAAACAUGAACAGAGAUCAACAUAAAAUCUCUACUUCUGAACAAAGGAGAUAUAUAUGUGAUGAAUGGCAUAAUACCGAAAAAGUAUGCUAUUCGAUCUUAUCCAAGGACACUGAGUUCAAUAGUUGUUAUGUUCGUCAAAAGUUUGGUAAAAUCAUUAUUACAAUUGAAAAGCUGUAUGUUGCAAAAGGAUAUUUCAACUUAUUCAGAUACAUUGAGAAGGUUCCGUUGCCAAAGGACCGGGAGACAUAUGAGAAAGCCAAGAAACAAUUGGAAAUAAUUCACCGGAAUGGAAUCGUGCACAGAGAUAUCAGAGAAGACAAUCUUCUCUAUACAAAACAAGGGUUAGUCUACAUCGUUGACUUCACACAUGCAAAGGCCAAAGUCAAUAUUUAUGAUAAUGGGCUGGAGCACGAUGAUUUUGAUAAGCUAAAAAGCGUGUUUCCAGGAUUUGCAUUAUCUGAAAUGGAACCUCUGUAA